AUGACGAACGAAUCAGUGAUCACAAGCACGAGUAUCAAUAACAGUGACUACAGUCUUCAGCUGAACCGAUGGUUCCUGAAACCAAUCGGUGUCUGGCCUCUCUCUUCUACUACACCGCGACUAGAAAGAAUCGCUUCGGUUACUUUAAAUAUCCUGUGUUACGGAUUCGUACUGUUCGCUAUAGUUCCGAGUUUACUCCAAAUGAUCUUGUCAGAUGAGAAUUUAUACACGAAGAUAAAAAUGCUUGGCCCCGUGAGUCAUUGGAUGGUUAGCUGCGUCAAUUACACCGCUCUGUUGACACGGAGUAAAGAGAUACGUCAUUGCGUGGAACACAUACAAGCUGACUGGCAAAUGGUGACAAGGGAGUCGGAUCAGCAACUGAUGCUGAGAAACGCAAGAUUUGGCCGCUACGUAGCGGCUUGGUGUAUGAUCUUCAUGCAGGGUUCCGUUUUGUUCUUUUGUUUCGUGGCAGCGUUUGCCACAGAGAUAAUCCAAGUGGGCAACGAGACCAGGAUCAUACACGUGUUACCUUGUGCGGUGUACAAGAAGCUUGUAAAUGUUGACGAAAGUCCAAUGAAUGAAAUUUUUCUGUUCGUACAGAUUUCUUCGGCCUUUAUUGCAACUUUCAGUACUGUUGGGAUUUUCAGCUUUUCGGCUGUAUUGGCUGCUCAUGCGUGUGGCCAGCUAAACGUAGUCAUGCUGUGGAUCACCGAAUAUGUAAAUGAUUCAAGAGACAAGAAAGCAGGUACUCUGAAUAAAAUAGGGGUGAUUGUGGAGCAACAUUUAAGAACACUGAAAUUCAUAUCGUUUAUCGAGGAAGUGUUGAAUCGUAUAUAUUUUUUAGAAUUAUUUAGAUGUACGAUGGAUAUAUGCAUACUUAGCUACUAUAUUCUUGCGGAAUGGGUUGACCAUGAUAUUAAAAAUUUGGCUACUUACUUCUUCAUACUCAUUUCAAUCUUAUUCAACAUAUUUAUAUUAUGUUAUAUGGGUGAAAUCUUGUCGGAAAAGAGUAAAAAAGUUGGCGAAGCGGUUUAUAUGACAAAUUGGUAUCAUUUACCUGAAAGAAGUAUCCUUGAUUUGAUUCUGAUUAUCACGCGAUCAAGUGUCGUGGUACAUAUCACUGCUGGAAAAUUCAUUCGGAUGUCCAUUUACACGUUUGGAGAUGUCGUGAGAACCGGUUUCGCAUACUUGAACCUACUGCGACGAAUAUCAUGA